AUGCGUUCUCCGAAUAACAUUAUAGAAGAUAAUGAUAUAUCACAUAAUGCAAGCAAUAGCAGCAGGACUUUGCCUUCAUUUUCGCAAAUGCUUGCCCGGAGUAAGAAUAAUAACAACUAUUUGAAUAGCAAUAACGGUAGUAAUAGCAGCAGCGUUAACCAAGAAUUUGAAUUUCAAAUGGAUAAUGAUUCGAGUAGCGAUUAUAGGGAGUUACGUAAUUCAAUAAUUGAGAGACGUCAGUCUUCUACUUCGAACCAGAGAACUGAAAUUCAAAGGUUGAAUUACAAAAACUCACUUUUGUUGAAUCUCCCGACCGAAAUUUUAUUGCAGAUAUUCCAUCAUCUUGACAGAAAGGAAUUAUAUUCGUUAUUAACAGUUUGCCAUGAAUUUGCUGAUUUGAUAAUUGAGAUCCUUUGGUUUAGACCCAAUAUGCAAAACGAUAGCUCUUUCAAGAAGAUCAAAGCAAUAAUGGAAAUUCCAAAAGAUGCAACCCAUUGGGAUUAUCGAUCAUUUAUUAAAAGGCUAAAUUUAUCAUUUAUGACUAAGCUUGUGGAUGAUGAUGUAUUGAAUUUGUUUGUUGGAUGUCCUAAAUUGGAAAGGCUUACUCUAGUCAAUUGUACAAAAUUGACUUAUAGUCCAAUAACUGCAGUCUUAAAAAACUGUGAAAAAUUGCAAUCAAUAGAUUUAACUGGAGUAACAAAUAUUCAUGAUGAUAUAAUACUUGCGUUGGCGAAUAAUUGUCCACGCUUACAGGGCUUGUAUGCCCCUGGUUGUGGUAGUGUUUCCGAAGAUGCAAUUCUUAAACUAUUAAAAUCUUGUCCUAUGCUUAAAAGAGUAAAAUUCAAUGGUAGUACGAACAUCACUGAUAAAAGUAUAGAAGUAAUGCAUGAAAACUGUAAGUCAUUAGUCGAAAUAGAUUUACACAACUGUCCUAAUGUUACUGAUAAGUAUUUGAAGCUAAUUUUCCUCAAUUUAUCACAGUUACGAGAAUUUCGGAUAAGUAAUGCAGCUGGUGUUACAGAUAAAUUAUUCGAGCUACUUCCUAGUGAAUAUUAUCUAGAAAAGCUUAGAAUAGUUGACAUAACUGGUUGUAACGCAAUAACUGAUAAAUUAAUUGAGAAGCUUGUGAUGUGUGCUCCGAGAUUGAGGAAUGUUGUCUUGUCAAAGUGUAUGCAAAUAACCGACGCAUCAUUGAGAGCUUUAUCUCAAUUAGGGAGGAGUUUACAUUAUAUUCAUUUAGGCCAUUGUGGUCUAAUCACAGAUUUUGGAGUGGCGUCGUUGGUAAGGUCUUGCCAUAGGAUUCAAUACAUUGAUUUAGCUUGUUGUUCCCAAUUAACUGAUUGGACAUUAGUCGAAUUGGCAAAUUUACCUAAAUUAAGACGGAUAGGAUUGGUCAAAUGCAGCUUAAUAUCAGAUAGUGGAAUACUAGAAUUAGUAAGACGUCGCGGUGAACAAGACUGCUUAGAGAGAGUUCAUUUAUCUUAUUGUACAAAUUUAACUAUAGGCCCAAUUUAUCUAUUGUUGAAGAAUUGCCCGAAGUUGACACAUUUAUCAUUGACAGGCAUUUCGGCAUUUUUGAGAAGAGAAAUCACACAAUACUGCCGUGAUCCGCCGCCAGACUUCAAUGAACAACAGAAAAAUUCAUUCUGCGUGUUUUCUGGACAUGGAGUUAGCCAAUUAAGAAACCAUCUAAAUCAAAUAAUGGAAGACAGAUCUUAUUUGAUUGACCAUGGUGACAUGCAUGCAUUAUUUCAUGAAAGAAGACGAAGAUUUAUGAAUGGAGGAAAUGAUAUGGAUGACGAAGAAAUGAAUCUAUGGGUAAGACAGCGUGGCCUAGGAGUGCUACAAGGUGGUGAAGUGGGGAACCCUGAGGUGGCUGAAAUUAAUAGAGAAAUCUUCAGAGAAUUGAACGAAGGUAAUAUGGGCCCCGAAGAAAUGAGAGAGCACUUCCAAAGAUUAAUUCGAAAUCAUCAUCAGCAACGUUUGCUCCAACGGCAGAUGCAAGAACAAGAUCUCCAAUUACAACCAGAUCAACUAAACCAAGAUCCCCAAAAUGCUCCUCAAAUAGAACAGCCAGCAGUUUUCCCUAAUGGCGAUCAACUCAUACAAUUCGUUAAUGGAGAAGGAGAAGACGACGAUGACGUGGAAAUGCAACCUGUUGAUUUAUUUCCUCGGGAUAGAAAUCCCCCUGCAUAA